AUGUUGUUCCAAGACUGUUAUAACCUUUUGAAGAGCUCAAUAAGGUUUGAUUCUUCUUCUGAAUUGGUUUUCGGGUAUGAAGUUGCCUGUGAGAAGAACAAGUUUUGCACUAUCAACGUAAAAUCCAGAAGGAUCCGCACGUUGAGUGGUCUGAGAAGCAAGUAUAUUUUUAACUACUAUGCAGGCAAGGUUGAUAAUGAAAAAACAAUGGAAUUUGGUAAUACCUGCAACGGGUUAAUCCUCAUACUUUAUUCCAAAAAACACAUUCUUUUCGACCCUCUAUCAGACAGAACAGCGUUUGCAACGCGCAAACUGCCUGAAUGGGGUACCAGCAGGUGUUGUGGCUUCUUCUACCAUCCUAAGGCAAGGGAAUACCGGCUUCUCCAUGUGACGCAGAUAGGAAAGCACGGUUACGAGUACCACAUUUACGAAUUUGGGGCCCACAAGUGGAGGACAAUUCUGACUCCCGAAGAUUCUCAUUAUCCCCCACAAAGCUUCGACCCAUUGGUGGUGACGAAUAAAGCUAUGAUUUGGCGGCAUUUGGAUGGCUUUAUUGUUUUCGACAUAAAUACCGAGAAGCUAUUCUCAAAAGGUUCUCCCCCACCCGUUGGUGAGCCUAAAAUGGUUGUCAAAGGAGGUGAGGACUUGUGUUGUUGCUACGUGCGCUAUGCGGAGACUAUAGUGGACGUUUGGGUUCUUAGGGACUACAAAAAAUGGUUAUGGGAAAGAAAGUAUGCCGUGAAUUUUGAUUGGGAAAAGAAUAGGUGCCCCUCGCGAGCGUGGAGCGCUCACAUCCCUCAAGUAACGAGUAACACAAAAGUUGUGAGCAUUCAGGGUAAUAUUUUGGUGUUGGAUAUCAAGGGUGCUGGAGCACAACUGCAUUGCUAUGAUUUGGUGUCUAAUGCGUCUUGGAUAGUCGACACCAACAAAUUUAAUGGGGAAACCCAAACAACUUGGUAUGGUAGGCGACGACGUGUGGACAAGCAUUUCACUUGGUAUCGUUUGCUUGGAUUAUAG